UUAUGCGUCAUCCCGUACGAUCCGUGCGUAACUGUGGAUGUGAGGUGCAGGCGCAGCGAGCUGUCCGUUACUCAGAGCGCCUUCCUUCCUCUGCCGGGCCCUAUUAUGGAGCUUGGGGUUUAUAAAUACCACCUAAAUAGUUCUACAAACAGAGUCAAAGGGUUCCCGGAACGCGCCAGAACUUAAACGGGGCAGAGCUGAGAUCCAAGCAUGUUGUUUGUGUCGAUGCUUGUUUUCCUCCUGGGAAAAGAUGCGGGCGCAGAGCGGAACAGCGGCUACUGCAUCGGGAACGCGUGCUUCACUCUGUUCCGGGGAACCAGCACUUUCAGCUCAGGGCAGCGGAUCUGCAGAGACCAGGGCAGCCACCUCAUGACCGUGCGGACCUCCGUGUCCAGCGACGUGCUCUCCGUCCUGCUGGGAAACCUGACCGGCAGCUUCUGGAUCGGCUUGCACCGCCUGAGCGGCUGCCCGGACCCGUCGGAGGAGCUCCGAGGCUUCCAGUGGGUCACCAAGGACGCCGAGAGCGACUUCGUCAACUGGCUUCCUGACCCCGACGACAGCUGCUCCGCCGCGCGCUGCGUGUCCGUGAGCGGAGAGGAAAACUUCAGAUGGAGUGAGACCCCGUGCGACCACCAAGCGGCGGGCUUCCUCUGCGAGAACAGCUUCACCGACCCUUGCGCCAACCUGCCGCACACAGCGCAGCAGACUGUGCUCUAUUUGACUCCCUACGGAUUCGAGGUGGAGGACAUGCAGUCCUCCACCCUGCCGAGUGGAACCAUCGCCACCCUUUUCCCAUCCGAGGCCAAAUACAUCUGCGGCACGUCCAACAAGUGGUUGCGGGCUCCGUGGAGCUGCGAGAUAGAGGAAGGCGGCUGUGAGUACCAAUGCGCCGCGAACCCCAGCAACAAACCCAUCUGCUACUGCCCGCCGGGCGAGACCUUGAGUCCGACCAACGGGAUCUCGUGCCAGGCGGAAGGCGCGGGCGACCCCUGCGCGGCGCUGCGCUGCCAGCAAACCUGCUACGAGGCCGCAGGCCGGCAUCACUGCGGCUGCGACCACGGCCUGCAGCUGGCCGCGGACGGCCGGACCUGCGUGGACUUCGACGAGUGCACGGACGAGCGCCAGUGUCCCGAGGAAAACUCCGAGUGCGUGAACACGCUGGGCGGCUACACGUGCGCCUGCCAGCCCGGCUACAGGUCGGUCGGCGGCAAGUGCGUGGACACGGACGAGUGCAUGCUCGCGCCGUGCGAGCACGAGUGCACCAACACUCCUGGGAGCUACGUGUGCUCGUGCUUCAAGGGGUUCACGGUGGUCGAGGGGGACCCGCAUAAAUGCAGCCGGUACUGCGGGCAGCAGGAAUGCCCCGCGGAGUGCGACCCCAACGACAAGAACCAGUGCUUCUGCCCGAACGGCUACUUGUUGGAUGUGGAUGAGAGGGGCUCCGCCUUCUGCAUAGACAUAGACGAGUGCGAAUCUAAUUUCUGCGAACAGGGGUGCACAAACACGUACGGCGGCUACGCGUGCUCCUGCCCCCCCGGUUUCACGUUAGUGGGUGAACACCAGUGCAAAGAGUCCACCAGCAUCCCCCCCACAGAUGCUGGUGGACUGUGGGGGGGAUCCCCGACCCAACCAGGCCCACACCCCGACCCGACCCGGCGGCCCUCCGCGGUGACGCCCGGGGGUCUGGCGGGGAUCAUAGUGAGCACGGUCUUCGUCGUCCUGCUGGCCGUCAUCGCGGCGCACGUGCUGCUCCUGCGCAGAGGGAAGAAGGAGGAGAGCGCAGCAGGUGCGACCAAGGAGCGCGAGGAGGAGACGCACGGCCUGCAGGGGCUGAGCGACAAGGCGGUGUAGGAGACAGACGCUUUUUGAACGAGAGGCGUGAAUGAAUGACGCCGUGAGAAGCAACAGACUUUAAAAAAAAAGAAAGAAAACCUCACAAACUCUCACUUUGAGGAAGAAGUCUGGCGGGAUGCAGCUCAGCCAGAAGAGUAAAUGAAGCAGCAACUCGCUCCAACUCGCGCACAGCCUGGGACAUGCAUUGAAGUGACAAAAGAAAUGUUUACAGUUCUACUUUAUGAACAUAAAUGACCAUAAUGACUUUAUUGAUUUGUUUUUUUUAAGGACUCCUUCAGUGAAUUCUCGCCUCCAGUGGUGGAGUCGGUGCGCCACCUGCUGGAAAGAUGUGGGCUUCUCAGCCCACAUCUGCUGAGAAGCAGUGAAUCUCGUUCAAAAUAAAAUCAAUAAAUACUCUUGGAAAUGAAAACAAGUAUUUUAAAAUGUUCAUCUGUUUAGUGGGUCGCUUAUGUUGUCGAUCACAGAUGUUUGCUUUUGUUGUUUUCAGAAUUAUCAUUGUGAUUAUUGGAGGUAACCACAUAAUUGCACAGUUUUACUUGAAUAGACCAUCAGAUGGAUCGUAUCGUUAGAACAGAAGCAAUUUUCAUUGUCUUAAGGGAAAUAGGAACAUGCACUUUCAGGUUAUAUAAUAACUUUAUUAUUACACAAUGUGUUGAUCUAUUACUAACAUUGUUAUCAAUAUGCACUAGUAGAGGAAUAAAAAUAAGCUGAAACAAACCAAUAAUCAGAUUGUCAAACAA